AUGGCACAAAAUUUUUUCCUUUCAGCUAUUCAGCAAAUGUUCAGUGAGCAUUAUAGCAAUUUCCUAUCUUUGCAAGGAAUUAAAUUUAUCCUUCAACUAAACAGCAGAGAUAUAUUUAGUGUGUGUUAUGAUAGACUGCGGAAGUGGAUUGUUGAGGGUAACUUCACUGAGCUCUUACAGUUUUCAAGCACUGAACAAGGUUUGCAGGUCGGGGCACCAGGAUGCACCACGGCCUACAGCCAGCAGGAAGGGAAGGAUCGAAGCAUAUUCGUAACCAAAGAAGACCAUGAAACUCCAAGGAACGCGGAGCUGGCGGCCGACGACCCCAAUGAUCCGUACGAGGAGCACGGAUGGAUCCUGCCCCACGGAGACAACAUCAGCUGGAACUGCCCGUGCCUUGGGGGGAUGGCCAGCGGCCCGCGUGGGAAACAGUUCAAAGUGGCCUUUUCCUGCUUCCACUGCAGCACAGAGGAUGUCAAGGAGUCGGACUGUGUAGACCAGCUCCGCGCCAUGCAGGAGCACAUGCAGAAGUACCCGGACCUCUAUCCCCAGGAGGAAGAGGAGAAGCCAGCGGAUCGAUUAGAGGAAACGGCUGCCUCUGAGGCCACCGUAACCAAAGAAGAGGAAGGGUCCAGCUAA